AUGCACUCGCAGAUCGCAGCCUUCAGCGCCAGGCAUUUCUACGACGGCCGGCUGACCACUGGCGUCGGCGACGCCGAGCGCCCCCCUCCGCUGGGCUUCCUUUGGCCUCAGCCCUGCGCCGGCGUCGCCUUCGUCGACGUCUGCGGGCCCGAAGCGGAGGACGCGGAAUCCAAGACCAACAGCGCGGAGGUGCUGAAGGUCGAGGAGGUGCUGGCCGGCAUCCUGGAGGCCAAGGAGCUGGGCGUCCUCGACGUCGGCGUCGUGUCGCCCUACGCGGCGCAGGUGCGCAUGCUCAGGGAGCGGCUGCGCGGCGCCGAGUGGCGCUCGCGCCUCCAGCGCGCGGGCGUCGACCCCACGGGCGGCCUCACCGGGCGACGCGCCCAGGGCGCGCUGGAGAUCGCCUCCGUCGACGCAUUCCAGGGCCGCGAGAAGGAGCUGAUCGUCUUCAGCGCGGUCCGGAGCAACGACCGGGGCAGCGUGGGCUUCCUAUCGGAUUGGCGGCGCCUCAACGUGAUGCUCACCCGCGCCAGGAGGGGCCUCAUCGUCAUAGGCGACGAAAGGACGCUGCGGCGCGACGCCGCGUGGAGAUGCUGGCUUGCCUGGGCCCAAGAGGGCGGUUUCUUCCAUGGGGCCUCGGCCACCGAGCGCUGUGCCAGCCAAUAA